UCUGUGAGCAGCAGGCGACCCUUAAACUGAGGUAAAGGAGCUGUCCAUUCAGCACCACCAGGAGCCUCAUAUGAUCCCUUUUGGGGAAAACAAUGAAAAUACAUAUAUGAAAGGAGUCAGAUGUGAACAAGGAAUAGAUUGGCACUGGAAGGCAACAGCUCGGUUUAUGGUAAAAUCAUAUGUCAAAGCCGCCAGUUGGAAGGAAUCCUGCAGAUUUGAAGCAUUUGGUGGCAGCACUUCUGAAGCAGGCGGACAUACGUAGAGAAGACUGAGACUUUCAGUCAGUGACGCUGAGCUGCACAACAACAAGCCUCUCCUUCCCACACCAGACUAUCCUGAAUUUGUAUCCGUACGAACUGCAAUUUUUUUUUAGAUUUUAUUUGCACACUGCAAGAGAAGCUCUGCGUCCUACAGACACAACGAUCCGUCAUGAACUCUGGAAGCAGGCACUGAGACGAGACAGAGAUGCUGAUGUUUGAGACGCUACAUCGCCUCCUCCUGGCUGGGCUCCUCUGUCUCUGUGUCGAUGGAACCCCUGUCCCCCUUCAAAACUUCACCCCUGCGCAGGACAGUGACUGUGACAGACAGUGUGCAAGCUCAGUAACAACUGUUGGGUCAAUGCUCACCACAGAUGUAAAAUCUGAACCCUCAGAUACAGAACAUGUGACUGGCCUGAUACUGAAUGUAGGUGCAAGAGGCGGGGCUGGCCCGCAUGGACGACCUGAGGGGACAGCUCCUGUGACGCAGACAGAAAACGGGGACAGCUUUGAUGGAAGAUCUGGGCCGAGUGAGGCUGGUGGAGAGGCAUGGAGCCAAAGGAGCGAGGUAAAGAAGGUUGGGAGCACUUCUGAGAUGGGAGAGGCUCAAAGGCAGUCGAAGGCAGUUUCAGUGCUGCCUGUUGAUCCAGAAGGUAAAAAAGAGAGCAUAUUUGUCACCAAUGAGCCUAUAUUAAGUCCUACAGGUGGGAGGAAGCAGUUGGACAGAGCUGUGAGUACCACAAGGUUGAUUCCAGAUGGAUUUUUUGCCUCCUCCACAGUGCCACCACAGCUGAGCAUCACAGCCAGCAAAGACCAAGGUGGGGAGGACCGAACAAAACUGCCUGGUUAUGGAGAUUCUCUGCAGGAUAAAGACCCAGAAACGAGCUCGCCGUCCUCUAAAGAACCUCCCACCCCUGGAGAACGGAUGCAGAAACUGACCUCCCACAGUCCCAUCCCUCCCUCAGUCUUUGUCUCCCCUCGGACCUCCACACCUUUGUCCAUUUGGGGCCACAGUGGAGCUACAAUAUCCUCCCUCCCAGACCCCCUGUUACCUGAAAUUGGACCAAAUCUGAUGCCCAGAGAGGAUGGACCAGAAAGCCUGUGGACUGAGGCAGCAAGGCCCGGUGCAGCAGACACCGUGGUCCCGCUGUCUCAGGAUGAAGCCACAGAGGGCACCAUGUCAUCAGAAGCUCUGCCUCUAAUCUUUGAGCCCUUUGAAGAUGUCACACCAGAGGGGGCACCAGCCGAAGCAGAGGCAGCGGUCACACUGGUGCCAGGCAGUGCUCAGCCUCCUGCUGCCAUGGCUACCGGAGGAAUGCCUCUGUCAGAGGUAGACCUGGACCAGCUGGUCACCGUGGAGACAGACAGUGAUGGUCCCUCGCAUGCCCCGCCCUUGUUGAUGCCAGACUGGACGUCACCUUGGCAGACGUCUGGCGCUGAGCUGCCGGAGCCAAUCAGCUCCUCGGGCCCGUCUGUUUCACAGCGGCGAGCCGGAAUUGAGCCGGAUGAUCAUCCUGAGAGAGGCGCUGUGAGGACACAGAACCUCCAGGAGAACUUGCCCACCACUGGCCCCUCCUUCUCAUCCUUCCAGCAUGCUAUGACAACGGUUACCAUGGAAACCCAUCAGGCCGUGCACAAAUCCAGAUCAGGGUUAGAGGAGAUGGAGUCUGAAGAGGAGCCAGAUGAAGAAGAGGAUGAUGAGAACUCUGAGGAGUCAGUGGAGGAUGACAGUGAAGAGGACCUAACAGAAACACCUAAAACAUCCUCAACGCCUCCUCCGUACAGCCUCAUCCCUCCACCUCCUGUAUGGGUUCAACGCAACCAGGGGCUGAUGCGGAGCUGGGUAGAGCUGAUCAGAGAAAAGGCGGGUUAUGUGUCUGGGAUGUUGGCCCCUGUGGGUAUUGGCAUCACUGGGGCCCUGCUAAUCGUAGGUGCCCUCUACAGCAUCAGGAUGAUUCACCGCAAAAGGAGAAACAGCUUCAAACACCAGAGGAGGAAGGUCAGACAGCCAGAGCAACCUCGAGAGCCUGGGACCAGCCGUCAGGACCAGGCCAUGCUGCUGGCCGACAGCUCCGAGGAUGAAUUCUGAUGAGACCGUUUUGGGCUCCUUUUGUCAGUGACCAAUGGCUGAUGCUCCUGUAAAGGAGGCUCGGCGAACACCCCCAUCGCUAUGACUACCGCAUCUCCAAUCACCCUGGGCUGUUUGGCUAUAACUCAUCUGAUCCACAGAGUGUGACUGAGUAUAGGGCACAAUUUGCACAGGCUGCACAAAGGUCAGCUUUGUAUUCCCCCUUUCUAAAAGUACCAAUGUGAGCACUUUUCUGAAUGUUGUCAGGUGACGUUGACUCUAAUGGCUCGGCAGGACUGGUGUGAUACACUGACAUAAAAAAUAAUAUUGCAUAAAAAACUAAAUGCAUUAGCAGGGUGUUGACAGGAUGGAAGUGUUUCUGGUACAUUGAGGUUUUGGCUUUGUGGAGUUGAGGUGGAAAGUGAGGACCGGAAAUUAAAAAGGGCUGUAGAAGAGUUACAUUACAUAAACAAUGUAGAUAUAUGUAGGCUACUGUAUAAGUAGCUGAUUUGGGGUCAGUCUUGUUAGUGUAAAUACACUUUUUAUUUCUUAUUUAUUUAGGAUAUUUAAAGGAAUUGUUUAAUAUUUUGGGAAAUUGCUGAGAGUUAGAUGAAGAGAUUGAUGCCAUUCGUCCAAUAGCUGGAGCUAACAGCCGGUAAGCUUAACUUAGCAUAAAGACUGUGUGUGUGGGGGGGGGGGGACAGCUACCCUGGCUCUGCCCAAAGGUACCAAAACCGGCCUACCCGACCCCUAAAAGAUCACUAGUAGACAUGUUUGUUUAACCCAUACAGAAAAUUAAGUACAAAAAUGACAGUUUGGGGUUGUAUGUUGAACUGUUACUGGGAGCAGUGACUUCCUGGAGUCUCUGCUGGUUAUCUUAAUACUUCUUAAUAAUAUAUAACAUAACAAAAAGACAGCUUUAACUGUGCUGGUAGAUUUUAUUACAUUGGGACAGACCCAGACUAGCUGUUUUCCUCUGUUUUUAUGCUAAGCUAAGCUAACCGUCUCCUGGCUGUAACAGCUUCAUAUUUAUCACAGACAGAAAUUAGAGUUGUACUGGUCUUCUCAUCUAAAUCUCUGCAAGAAAGGGAAUAAACGUGUUUCCCAAAAUGCUCAACUAUUUCUUAAAGCAAGAUUUCCACAUUUUAGAAACCCACACAUAGAAUUCAUUUCAAUUAAUGCUUCGUUUAAAUGUGAACUUUGUGGAAAUGUAAAUGUUUUAUUCAAAGGCAUUUGUUCAUAAAUGUUACUGUGAGACGCACAUACAAAAUAUCAUAAUCCUACAAAAGUAUGUAGCAUAAAACAGGUUUUAAUGUACAAUAUAACUCUGAUAUUAAGUCAUUAUUUUGCGACUUGCCAAAUGGUUCUUUUAUAAGUGCAUGAUUAUGUCUAUUCAUACACAGACCCAUUUCAGACUUCUUUCUAAUGCUAGAAGUGUUUCUGUUGGCUGAAAAAGCACAAAGACACUGGGGCAGAACUUAAUAUUUUCACAAGUGAAUUUUUUUAACCAACUAAUUUUGCAAAAUAUUAGUUUCUGUGUAUUAAUAUGGUCCAGACAAGGACAGAUAAGAGACAUUUUGGCCGACACGCUUGGCCCAAGAAUGUUACAUUGCUGAGAUGCAAUGAAUUUUAGUCAGUCUUUACAUUUUAGGAGAAAAUAAGAGGAAUCAUUUAAUAAAAACUUCUCUGCUUUAAAUCAGAAAGAAGGUGCAAGAAAUAUUUGAACACUACGCAUUUGUAACACAAAUGACGAUAACGGUCUUGUCUUUUUGUUUAAAUAUAUUUUCUGUAACUUCAUGAGCCAUCUCAUACGCUUUAUGUACAACUGCCUGUUUAUAUGCAAUAAUACUGUUUUAGGGUAAGUGUGGUGUAAAAUAGUGGACACUUUUGUCUCUUUAUGUAGAUACAAAACAGGAUGUGAUGAAAUAAACAAUUCUUUUAGAUGUCUGA